CCCCUGACCGCCAUCUUGAAAUGUAAAUGUUUGUUUCCUGAUUGACGUUUUAACUAAAGGUAGCAAUUUAUAUUUGUUCAGAUCUCGUCGUGCAUGAUGGAUCACAUAGUAGUACAAACGCAGGAAUAACAAAGUUUUCAACUGAUGGUAUGGAGCAGGUGUUCCCAUACGUUUUCACUCAGGCCUCCCUUCCUGAAUUGGGGAACAUCCCGCACCCCCCUUGUGCGCAUCACGUCUAUUUCUAUGGGCAUAAACACUGUUCAUGACUGAUUGUUCACACCCCUCUUGUUGUCGGAGAGCAAAUGUUGCAGGUUUAAAGCUUAUUCCCUGCAAUUCUACACAUGUCAUGUAGUGCAGGUCCAGAAUGCAUAGUACUCGAUCCCUGUCAGUAUCAAGAUAAGAUUCAACCACCCUGGCCUCGUAACCUCCCCUCAUCCUCACUGCAGAUCUUCAAGCACAGACUAGGGUAAUGCUGCUGGAUCUGGCAUAAUGAGGUAGAUGGGGGAAUCCAAGAACAUGGUGUUGAAUGGCAGGCGGCAUUGCAGCAGAUUCUCCAGUGAUCGAUCCAUAACCUCGGCCAGGUCCCUGCGACAGAGCAAGGGCUCCUUAAGAAGUAGGAGAUGUAGUCAACGUGUCAUCAGUUCUACCCUUGAGGCAGAGAGACGUCAUACCCCGUCGUCAGGUAUGACUCCAAAGGAACUCUGUGAGAAUGAUGACUUGACUACAAGUCUUAUUCUGGACCCCUACCUCGGCUUCCAGACCCAUAAGAUGAAUAGCAGGUUUCGACCCAUCAAAGACCGACAAGGACAUUUGAAGGAGGUGCUAGAGUGCUUUAAAAAACAUGAUAACCUCGAGAAGGCCUUCCAUGCCUUGACUGCUGGGGACUGGUCAAGACCCCACUUUCACCACAAGACGAAGGCUCAGGGCAAACUCUUCAAAGAGCAUGUUUUUGUUUACCUACGAAUGUUUGCAACUAACAGUGGGUUUGAAAUACUUCCCUGCAAUCGUUAUUCCUCUGAGCAGAAUGGAGCCAAAAUUGUAGCAACAAAAGAGUGGAAAACUAAUGAUAAGAUGGAAUACCUGGUGGGCUGCAUUGCUGAGCUAUCACAGCAUGAGGAAAGCAUUUUACUGCGACAUGGUGAAAAUGACUUCAGUGUGAUGUACUCCACCCGCAAGAACUGUGCUCAACUGUGGCUGGGACCUGCAGCCUUCAUCAACCAUGAUUGCAGGCCAAAUUGCAAGUUUGUUUCCACUGGGCGAGAUACAGCAUGUGUCAAGGUUCUGAGGGAUAUUGAACCUGGGGAAGAAAUCUCCUGUUACUAUGGAGAUGGCUUCUUUGGGGAAAAUAAUGAACUCUGUGAAUGUUACACCUGUGAAAGGCGCAGUGCUGGUGCUUUCAAACCGAAGACUGGGCAGUCUACGGCCACUCCUAUUAUCAACAGCAUGUAUGGCCUGAGAGAGACAGACAAACGGCUCCAUCGACUUAAGAAAUUAGAAGACAGCAAGUGCUCUGACAGUCAGUUGGACGGCUCUAAUAUGGAUCCAGACUCUCAGGAAAAUCGUGACACACAUUCAUCAGUAGGGAGGACAGCCUUCUCCAGUGUGGCCAGGCUCAGUGACGCACAAGCCCUAAGCAGGCACACUCUGUCCAAAAUGCCUAUGCCUACCUCAUCAUUCAAUCAAAGACACUCAAAGAACUCCAACGUGCAAGAGAGACGAAACUCAAAGUCCGUAAAGCCUUUGCACAAGCUAGGAAGAAGGUGUCAGGUAACUGCUCACAGGUUCCCCAUUGAGGUGGAAGCUAUGGGUUUGUGCCUUAAGGACCCCACAGAAUUAAUCAGUAACAGGGUCUCGCGAAAGAGUGCGAUGGAUAAGCAACGACCCAUGCAAGUGGUGGGAACAAGGGGUUGUCUUGUGCACUACACUGUGAAGGAACACAUUCAGAACCCAAUGAAAGAUGGUAGUAGGUGCCCUGAUGGUUUAGCUUGCACUCACAGAACUCGCAGUUCAACCAGAGCAUCAGUUGGCACACAGGGGUCUGACAACAUUAAACUUGAACCAAACUGUGGUGUGGUUAGUAAGACCAAGCCUACAGACCUCAGAGAGUAUGUCACAGAUGGUCACUGGAUAAUCAGCCCAAGCCUGGAUAUCAAGUGUCCAAGUGAGACCUGUCCCAGACAGAGGCAAAUGAUAAAUCAGGAGGAGCAGCACUCUUUCAGACCAGCAUCCCUUCUCCAGGAGGAGGUUCCAGGCCUGCACCAUGCAGCCCGUAUCCCAGACAUAGAUGAAUGCAGGAAAGAGUUGCAAUGCCUGCCUGAUGGUCGUGAGUACUACAACAAUCUGUCUAAGGGAGACAAGCUUCUCCACUUUGGCAAGGGGAAGAAGAAACAGCAGAUUACGCGCUAUGAUUCCCAGCUGAUCCUAGCCAACAACAGCUCAGGCAUUCCCAAAUUAACCCUGCGGAGACGAAGGGACAGCGGCAGCAGUAGGAUUGAGCCUGGUGAGCCUGACCCUGUCAAGUCCUCCAGCUCCACAAAGACCAGCAUGAAAUUUGGGAAGAGCCAUCACCAUGCAAAGACCAAGAGGAGCUCUUAUGCAGCCAGAUGGAGUAAUGGGACUUUCAGUCCUGUGGACCACAUCCAUUCCUCCAAACAUGGCCUCGGUCCUGUGGAACACAUCCAUUCCUCCAAACAUGGCUUCAGUCCUGUGGAACACAUCUGCUCCUCCAAACAUGGCUUCAGUCCUGUGGAACACAUCCAUUCCUCCAAACAUGGCUUCAGUCCUGUGGAACACAUCUGCUCCUCCAAACAUGGCUUCAGUCCUGUGGAACACAUCCAUUCCUCCAAACAUGGCCUCAGUCCUGUGGAACACAUCCAUUCCUCCAAACAUGGCUUCAGUCCUGUGGAACACAUCCAUUCCUCCAAACAUGGCUUCAGUCCUGUGGAACACAUCCAUUCCUCCAAACAUGGCCUCAGUCCUGUGGAACACAUCUGCUCCUCCAAACAUGGCUUCAGUCCUGUGGAACACAUCCAUUCCUCCAAACAUGGCUUCAGUCCUGUGGAACACAUCCAUUCCUCCAAACAUGGCUUCAGUCCUGUGGAACACAUCCAUUCCUCCAAACAUGGCGUCAGUCCUGUGGAACACAUCUGCUCCUCCAAACAUGGCUUCAGUCCUGUGGAACACAUCUGUUCCUCCAAACAUGGCCUCAGUCCUGUGGAACACAUUCGCUCCUCCAAACAUGGCUUCAGUCCUGUGGAACACAUCCGUUCCUCCAAACAUGGCCUCAGUCCUGUGGAACACAUCCGUUCCUCCAAACAUGGCUUCAGUCCUGUGGAACACAUUCACUCUUCCAAACUGAAGAUUCACCUGCAGCAUGAGUGGGACAGCAGGAGGCUCAGUCAGUAUUGCCAUGGUAGUGGGCCCUUCACAGGUAUAGUAGAGAGGGAGGCAGGGGAGGUCUUUGGGCCCACAGUAGCAACAUUUGGAAUGCACGAUGACACAGAGGAAGACUCAUCCUCUUCUUCUGAAGAGGAUGAAGAUGCAUCUGACCAUGAAGAGUUUGACGAUGAUUUUAUUCCACUUCCACCAACAAAACGCCUCCGGCUCAUUGUUGGUAAAGACUCUAUAGAUAUUGAUAUCGCAUCAAGGAGACGUGAAAAUCAGUCACGAACAGUCAAUCCAUGAGCUCUAUGGGUCUUCAUUUGUUAAGUCAAUAAAAGUACAAUCACAAUGCUGUUGUAAAAUGUUAACUAUUUUUGUACAUGGUGGAACUUGGUUCGUUAUUCAUAUUGUAGAAUGUGUACAUUUUACAUGGCAUACAAUGUGUAGGCAAUUAUUUUUAUAUCUUCAGCUUUAUUUUGUACAAUUGUUAAUUAUAUUUAAAGCAUUUUCUAGUUUGUGUUGGUAAACAUGCUAAAUGUUGCUCCACUGACAUCGCAAGAAUGGAACAUUUUGGGAACACUGCAAACAAAAUGUGCUUUUGUCAACAUGGCAGUGUAUACAUGCAUAUAAAAUAAUAUGCAUUUUAUAUAUUGUUUUGAGAGCAUUUUAAAGGAACAGAAUUCUUGUUUCUUGCUGGAGGUAUGUGAAAAUGUUUGACUUCCAGUGAUUCCUGGGAGCUGGUCUCUGAUGUUUUAGUCCCGUUGUAAUCACUCAUUCCUUAAUCAAAAUGUGUUGGUGCUUUGCAUAAUGCUUCUCUUUGUUCACUUUUUAGUUUGUGCAGAUGUGGUUAUUUUGGAUGUUAUUUUAUUUUUUGAUCACAUUUUUAUUUUUCUAUUAAUUUCUCGAACUGUAUAAUUUCUCAGUCUUUAUUUAGCAAUCACAAAUUCAGAACUUACUUGGUCUGGCUUAGUUGGUGUAGAUAUUCAAACACUUUUCUCACUUUGUUAUUUUGUUCACCAUUUGAUCAUCAGUUCACCUGAAUUACUUUGUCUGCUGUGUCUGAAUGGUGUGGUGCAUGUCUCAACUUUUUAAAUUGCUCUUUAUAUACUGGACCAGUCAAGUUUGGACACACCUACUCAUUCCAGGGUUUUUCUUUAUUUUAUUUUUAGCGGCUCAAAUAAAUGCUUCACAGAGUUCAAGUAACAGACACAUCUCAACAUCAACUGUUCAGAGGAGACUGCAUGAAUCAGGCUUUCAUGGUCAAAUUGCUGCAAAGAAACCAUUACUAAAGAACACCAAUAAUAAGAAGGGACUUGCUUGGACCAAGAAACAUGAGCAAUGGACAUUAAACCGGUGGAAAUCUUUCCUUUGGUCUGAUGUGUCCAAAUUUGAGAUUUGAAUUCCAACCGCUGUGUCUUUGUGAGACGCAGAGUUUGUGAAGGGAUGAUCUCUGCAUGUGUGGUUCCCACCGUGAAGCAUGGAGGAGGAGGUGUGAUGGCAUGGGGGUUCUUUGCUGGGGACACUGUCAGUGAUUUAUUUAGAGUUCAAGGCACACUUAAUCAGCAUGGCUACUACAGCAUUCUGCAAUGAUAAGCCAUCCCAUCUGGUUUGCACUUAGUAGGACUAUAAUUUGAUUUUCAACAGGACAAUGACCCAACACACCUCCAGGCUGUGUCAGCAUAUGUGGGAACGUCAAGACUUUUGGAAAAUCAUUCUAUGUGAAGCUGGUUGAGAGAAUGCCAAUCAUGUGCAAAGCUGUCAUCAAGGCAAAGGGUGGCUACUUUGUAGAAUCUAAUUUUGAAUGAACACUUUUUGUUGUUACUACAUAGUUCCAUGUGUGUUAUUUCCUAGUUUUGAUGUCUUCACUAUUAUUCUACAAUGUAGAAAAUAGUUCAAAUAAAGAAAAACCCUUGAAUGAG